AUGUGUGGCUCACUUGCCGCUGUUGAAUCUUUCCCAGAGCGUUUGAGCUUCUGCAGCGACCGAAACAGAGCUGAUCUUGUCGCCGACUGUCGUCGUGUGUUUACUGCCCACACAGUCGAGAAAGAGGAGAGCGAAAGUUCGGGGAAGACGUAUUGGCUUCCAAUUGGCACGAGUCCAGCUUGUGCCCUGGAGCAGAUAGUACAGGAGAUACUUCAAUGGCAUCAGCACAGACUAAGCAUACACGAUGCAACUGGAGCUGAAUGGUGGACUCUUUGGAUGGACGGCGAGGAGGAUGAUGUGGGAUGGCAUUGGGAUGCAGACUACGAGGCCCGAGACAGAGGUGAUGUGAAACACCCCUUCCUUGCUACUGUGACCUACUUAGAGGCUGGUGGCAGCGUGGCACCAACAGCAAUCGUUGAGGCUUGUAGAGAAGAGUCUAUCAUGGCUGGCAACGGUGCUGUGAUACACUCAGCCCAUUUGAGUUUGCCAGUCCCAGGUAAACAUAUUUGCUUUGAUGGGACCCUGCUGCAUGGAGCCCCUGUUGAGCUGCGCAAUGUGUUUGGUUGUGUGCCAAGAACUGGCAAGAAGAGGUCAGCUCGCAGCACUUUGCUGGUCAAUAUUUGGCGUGGCCAUCGGCCGCGGGAUCCUCAACGCUUGCCAUCAGAAGUUGCUGCAAAGCUGGGUCCCGUAACUGUUGCAUCACCCUUCGCUCUAGGAUCUCAACGAGCAGCAGCCAGCUGUGAACUCGUGGUGGGGCACGGGGUUUCAGCUCAAGAAAUGUCAUGGUCCUUCGGGGAGUCUGAUGGACUCUCCGUUGCCUUUCCAGUGCCGUUAGAAGCAGCAGAAGCAUCAAAAGAUGCUGACACCAUCAGGUUGCACUUCACAGAUGGACGUUGCGGAUGCGUAGGGUGA